GUUUGUUCUGACAACUUUCUCGCACCCUUACGGCUCGCCAUUGCUAUACAUUAAGGUUCCAGAACGACUUAUACCUACUCUUGGGUUUAUAUUUCGCUUAAGAGCAAAACGUGUUAUCGUCGCAGAUUAGUGAAAAGGACGGAAAAGAGAUGACGACAGAUAUGGCGGCCACGACACCAGUGGAUCUACAGAUCACGGACACUCUAGCGUCACUUGGCAACACGAUUUACCACAUGAUGUCGACGUCAUCACCGACUAAUACGACCAUCAGCACCAAUAAUUUAACGAUACCCGAUUCUGUACAUGAUAUGGAAUAUGACGUCAUGAUAAGACUCGUGUGUUUAUAUAUAGUGAUUGUUCUUGGAGCCAUUGGUGGACUUCUUGUCUGUCUGUGGAUGUGGUACAACCGGAAACAUCGAUCAAGAGUUAACGCCCUUAUUUUAAAUCUGUGUGCAGCUGACAUGUUAGUUAUAUUUGUGGCUUGCCUACCUCAGUUAGUCUGGGAACACAUGGAACGAGAAUGGCUAGCAGGGGGAUUUUUAUGUAAAACCUAUAAAUUUUGUAUGAGUUUUUCCAUGUUUGCCAGUGCUAAUAUGCUGGUAGUGAUAGCCAUCGAUCGUCACCAGGCCAUCCGAUCACCAUUACGAGAGCCUGCACCAGUCUGGAUGAUGUGUUUGGUUGGUUGGGGAUUUGCUGCUUUGACGUCAGUUCCGCUAUUUUUUGUGUUCCACAUCCGGUACGAUCCUAUAAAAGAAAUGUACAAAUGUGAGAAUACGUUCCGGGGAAAGCCCAUGAUACAUCGUCAAGCGUUCCUUACUUAUGCCGCCAUUGUUAGCUUCUUACUUCCGCUGAUAAUUCUCGUCAUCAGCUACAUCAGAAUAUUUCUAAAGAUAGCCCAAAAAGCUGCCGAAAGCAAGAACUCAAAACGCCAGAGCUUCAAGCCUGGUAAGAUACACCUCACAAGCACGGCCAACACUUCUCUUCCUAAAGCCAAGAUUAAAACCUUGAAAAUGACCGUGGUGAUUGUAGCUGCCUACGUUAUCUGUGGAUUACCGUAUUUUGUGGCUGAGAUGAUUAUGUCUUAUGACGAUUACCAUAAGUUGUCACAAGCUCUGUAUGGUAUCCUUGGUGGAAUAGCCGCAGCUAACUCAGCUGCGAAUCCCUUUGUUUUCCUUCUAUUUAAUGCCAAUUGGCAGUGUGUUCGGGGUUUGAAACUUUGCCCGAGUCAGAACAAUGCGGCUAAAAGGAGUUUUGUCUACUCCUCCGCCAGUACUAGAUCGGAAUACUCCACGGUGUAUGUUCGAAGUCCACCGAUUGUUUCCUCUGACACAUAUGAACUGACGACAGUUCGUGGCACUUCUAGAUAAACAGUUUACCCCCCACGAAAACACGUAGUCGUGUGGAACGUCUGGGUGAAUCAGAGGUCAUUGGAAAAUCCAUUAAAAGUUUUCAUAAACCUUGUUUGUGAUGUAUUGAGAAGAACAGACAUUGAUGUUUAAAAAUAGACGUGUACAAGUCCUCUUAAUGACGAGUUUUUUCUAUGUGACUGUCAGGCAAUAAUAAUACAAUGUGCAGACUGCAGACGUACAGAUUUUAGAAGUUUUGAGUUAUUCCCUCUGUUGCGAAACCUUUUUAACGCACUAGAAGAGGUGAACACAAUACUCAC